AAGACUUAACGGGAGCCAAAGCUCAGUCCCAGGGUCUGUUUUAGAUGCUGCAUCUAAAACAGGACAUAAUGAAAAGUGCCUCUGAGCAUGUGCAGAAUGUUACUGUACGGUGAAGUAAUUGUCAUCUACUCUCACAUUGCCAAACAAACAAACAAACAAACAAGCUAGCCCAAAAUUAGAGAUUUUAAGCUUUACCUGACGUAUGGCAAGCCUAGUUUUACUGCCCAAUGCAAAUUUAUCUCAGGCUUUUCCGAUUGCAAUCAAUCGCGCUUCCCAGCUUGACAUGUGACCCACCAGCUGAGCCUUAUUGCAGCUUCCCCUAAGCUGAUGCCCAGCCGCCACUGGGAUGUUUUUGAUAUUUGCAUCAUCCUUGGUCAUUUGCCAUUCUGGCUGCAGUUGAUGGGAGUUGUAGCCCAAAGCAUCAUUUGGACUAUUGGGGAGCAUUAUAAAUGAGAUUCCCCUACCUGCAAUUGAAAUAGUUAGGGGUCCAUUCCGUAUAACCACCUCAGGACUGCAGCACCUCAUUUUGAAUUCUGUACAGUCCAAGCCCCCCCCCCCCCCCGUGUGUGUUUGCUUGUUGUGGGUGAAAACUGCCAACUAAGAGAAAUGAUGACGAUUCCAGGAGCAAACCUUGCCCUGGAAAACUCGUGAGCAUUCUCCCUGCCUUGUUGACGCUGUCUGGGCCAGUCCCAGACUUCCCAAGCUCUUUUGUAUCUGUCUGGAAAGAGCAACAUGGCUGGUGAGUAUAAGCUCCUGCUUGAAGGCGCCCAACAGCUGGUGCUUGUCUGCGCCAAAGGUGAGAAAUACCUCCUGGAAGCUGGCAUGCAACAUCUGGCCGUGCUGGAAAACGGCAGCGUGGUGAUUGGCAAAGACGGUUGUAUAAAGGCUGCAGGCGACUCAAGAGCCAUUCGCAAGCAAUUUUCAGGAGCAUCUUUUGAAAAAGUCAUUGAUUGUUCAGGAAAAUGCAUCUUACCAGGUCUGGUAGAUGCACACACACAUCCUGUAUGGGCUGGUGACAGAGUCCAUGAGUUUGCGAUGAAGUUGGCAGGAGCUUCCUAUAUGGAUAUUCAUCAAGCAGGAGGAGGGAUACAUUUCACUGUGGAGCAUACUCGGAAUGCCUCAGAAGAUGAGCUCUUCAGCAGCUUCAGACACCGGCUGCUGCGCAUGCUCAGAGCAGGCUCCACUUUGGUCGAAUGCAAAAGUGGAUAUGGGUUAAACCUGGAAACGGAAGUUAAGAUGCUGAGAGUGAUUGAACGGGCUCGGCGGGAGUUGGACAUCGGCAUUUCCUCUACUUACUGCGGAGCUCAUUCUGUUCCUAAGGGGAAAAGUGCCAUUGAAGCCACAGAUGAUAUUGUUAGCAUCCACCUUCCUAAACUGAAGCAACUGGAGCUUGAUGGUGAAAUUCAUAUUGACAAUAUAGACGUUUUUUGUGAGAAGGGAGUCUUUGAUCUGCCUUCGACCCGAAGAAUUCUUCAGGCUGGGAAAGAUUUAGGGUUACAGAUCAACUUCCAUGGGGAUGAACUGCAUCCAAUGAAAAGCGCUGAGCUUGGAGCUGAGCUAGGAGCUCAGGCUGUCAGUCAUCUAGAAGAAAUCAGCGAUGAAGGUAUUGCUGCAAUGGCCCAGGCGAAGUGUGCAGCUGUCCUGUUACCAACCACUGCCUAUAUACUGAGAUUAAAGCAGCCUCAAGCUAGAAAAAUGUUAAAAGAAGGAGUGAUUGUCGCUCUUGGCAGUGAUUUUAACCCAAAUGCUUAUUGCUGUUCCAUGCUCAUGGUUAUGCACCUGGCCUGUGUAAACAUGAAGAUGUCCAUGAAAGAGGCUUUAGCUGCUGCCACCAUCAAUGCAGCUUACGCUCUUGGGAAAUCGCACAUGCAUGGCUCCAUAGAAACUGGCAAGCAAGGAGACCUCAUUAUCAUCAACUCACCAAGAUGGGAACACCUGAUUUACCAGUUUGGCGGCCAUCAAGAACUGAUUGAAUACGUAAUUGUUAAAGGAAAAAUUGUUUAUAAAAACGACAGUGUUCUGGGCUACUGAGGAAUUCCAGAAGGAAGAAAUACAGCAGUUGCCAGACUCUCUGAAGCAAACACGGGAUGAUAAUCAGCAGGGUCUCACAUCUAUAAGAUCAUACUUCCUUACCAGUCUAAGCUCAAGAAAUUCACUGGUUUUUAUUUUAGUUCUUCCUUUGUAUUCGCAUGAGGAACACUAGGCCAUGUUCAUCUGCUUGGUAGUUUCAUGGUCCGCUAGAAAAUAAACCUACAUGUAUGCAAACCA